AAUGUCUAUGUUGUUGAACAGUUUCUGAAAGCCAUCAUAGCUAGCUGUACCUUUACUGUGUCUGCUGUGAAAACUCUGGCACAGAGCACAGGAGUUUCAUCAUAUGCAAUUUACAGCGAUUGGCAGGAUAGUCUAGUCUCGGCCUCAGACGGCACGCUAAAUCCGUUCAUUGACUGCCAGAUAUAUAUUGCACGGUAAAUUAGAAAGCACUGGUCUGGCAAGCUCUAAUCUGAUAGGCUGACUUCACCUAACCUCCAGGAGUAAAAUAGUGGAGGGUUUUUAUCAGCUCGUCUGGAAACAAAGUCUUUGUUGUGGGUACGACAAGUGCUUUUGAGGAUGAAAUAAUCACUGGAUUUGUCAGGAAGAAUGUAAGCAGAUCAUGGCCCGUCAGAAGUCCAACUCGCAGUCGGACUCUCAUGAUGAUGAAGUUUCUCCUCCUCCUCCAAACCCGGUGGUGAAGGCACGACGCCGGAGAGGCGGAGUCAGUGCUGAGGUCUACACGGAGGAAGAUGCCGUCAGCUACGUCAGAAAGGUCAUUCCUAAAGACUACAAGACCAUGACGGCCCUGGCUAAAGCCAUUUCAAAGAAUGUCCUAUUCGCCCAUUUGGAUGACAAUGAAAGAAGUGAUAUAUUUGACGCCAUGUUUCCGGUCACACACAUUGCUGGGGAGACGGUCAUCCAACAAGGUGAUGAAGGAGAUAACUUCUAUGUUAUUGACCAAGGAGAAGUUGAUGUGUAUGUUAAUGGAGAAUGGGUGACCAGUAUCGGAGAGGGAGGCAGUUUCGGAGAGUUGGCUCUGAUCUACGGGACUCCCCGAGCUGCUACCGUUAAAGCAAAGACUGACCUGAAGCUGUGGGGUAUAGACAGAGACAGCUAUCGACGCAUCCUCAUGGGAAGCACAUUGAGGAAGAGGAAGAUGUACGAAGAGUUUCUGAGUAAAGUCUCCAUACUUGAAUCUCUUGAUAAAUGGGAGAGGUUGACGGUGGCUGAUGCACUGGAGCCUGUGCAAUCUGACGAUGGAGACAAGGUCGUCGUUCAGGGAGAUCCUGGAGAUGACUUCUUCAUUAUAACAGAGGGCACGGCGUCCGUUCUGCAGCGCAGGUCUGAUAAUGAAGAAUACGUUGAAGUGGGCCGCCUGGGUCCGUCUGACUACUUUGGUGAGAUAGCCCUGCUGCUAAACAGACCCCGGGCGGCUACGGUUGUGGCUAGGGGUCCGCUCAAGUGCGUCAAGCUGGACCGGCCACGUUUCGAGCGCGUCCUUGGACCCUGCUCCGAGAUCCUCAAGAGAAACAUCCAGAGAUACAACAGCUUCAUAUCUCUCACAGUCUAACCUGACCAUCUGACACGUGUCGUGAGGUCACAGACCUCCUUCAGGUGACUCGGGUAUCUGGUUGCAUAAAACAAUUUACGACGUAAUUCGUCGGUUUCGCUUAAAUCGUUUGCUUAUAAUUGUUUUGCUAUAAAUGUGGUACGUUCCGUUGAUAUUGAACUUAAGUUAUUUUAUGCAGCCAAGCAUUCCAUUAUUAUUUGCGAGAAGCACAAGUGCUCUCCCCUUUUCCUUUAUUUGAGUACGUACACUUUAAUUUGGCCAGUGCUGUCACAAAGCAGAUGUGCAGGAAAUGAUGUGGCCAAACAGACUGAAAUGAAAAUCGGCGUGGCAUGUGUAAAGUUUUGCAACAUGUGAUGCAUGCAGACCAGAAAUGUAUGAACGAUGAGGAAAUUGCGGUGAUAUAAUGGAAGGCACGACCAAAUGUUUACACAGAGGAGCGUGUAUUUUGUAGCUGUGCUGUUGUUGGGUCAGUUUUUGGUUUAUGUGCCAACUCUGAACCUGUGAGGAUGAAUCUCGCGAAACCGAAAAUAUGCAAGAAAUACAAAUGUAUUUAUUGCUUAUAGAAAAUGAAAGUUGGGUCAUCAUUUACUCUCCCUCUUGGCAUUUCAAACCUGUAUGACUUUUUCUUCUGCAGAACACUUUUUUGCAUUAAUUUGGUAACCGAAGUGUGCCGACAUGCACCGUUUCACUUCUAUUGAAUGAAUACAAAACCGAUGCAAGUGAUUGGGGACCAGUUAACAACAUUCUUCAAAAUAUCUUCUUUUGUGUUCUGCAGAAGAGGUUGAGUAAAUGAUAGCAGAAUUUUCAAUUUUGAGUCACUUUAAGCCUAUAUUUGGGAGUUUUGAGAGUUUUAUUUUCAUUAUUUUAAAACGACAUUGCACAUUUAACCCCAAAUUCUAUGAUAUUGUCCUGCACUUACAGAAAACGUCAUGGUUUUAUUUGUUAUACUGAUUUUGAAAAUACUAUAUUAUGUAUAUUAUGUAAUGGAAAAUGCUUGUAUGCCAGAAAACAUUCAACAAUUUCAGUCCCAAAACAAGCGUUAUUUUCUCAUUAUCCCAACACGUUUUUGUGAGAUUUACCCGUUUACUAAAAAUACAUAUUUUGCCUUUCUGUUGUAAUAUUUGCAUCUUGGCUACGUUAUGCUUCUAACGCUGGAAAUAUCGGGGAGGGGUUUUGUUACAUGUCACAAGAAAUGAGUUUUAAUAAAGAACCACGGGGAAGGGGAUUUUCA